AUAGAGGAGGGAGCUCGUAACAGCUGUGAGCGUGAAACACAGCACUUCCCUAACAAGGGGUUACUUUUUUAAACAAUUGAAUUGUAAAAGGACUUCUAACGCACAGUUUAUGAGACAGAAGGAGGAGUACACGUUCUGUUCACGAUAGUGUCACCGAUUAAAACAAAAGACAAUCGAGUGUUGCAUAGUCUGGAAAAUAGGAAGGAAAAAUCGAUAGAAGUAUAAUUUGCCCCCGCUGUUGUGAAUGUGAAGGGAGAUAGUUGCAGCCGUGUCCCCCGUGAAGUAGCUUGGUGCCGCGCGACUGAUAAAAAUAAUAGUGAUAGGCGCCCCUGACGUCCCUUACUCGGGUUGAUAUACGAAGACUGAUAAAAGAUGACUGGAGAUGCAAAAUGGCAGAAGGACGCGGCGGAUCAGAACUUCGACUACAUGUUCAAGCUGCUCAUCAUAGGAAACAGUUCCGUAGGAAAAACGAGCUUCUUAUUCCGUUACGCGGACGACUCGUUCACUUCAGCCUUCGUGUCCACCGUCGGCAUAGACUUCAAGGUGAAGACAGUGUUCCGUCACGAUAAGCGCGUAAAACUACAGAUAUGGGACACUGCUGGACAGGAGCGCUACCGCACUAUCACCACUGCAUAUUACAGAGGCGCUAUGGGCUUCAUCCUAAUGUACGAUAUCACCAACGAAGAGAGCUUCAACAGCGUGCAAGAUUGGGUGACACAGAUUAAGACGUAUUCAUGGGACAACGCGCAAGUGAUCCUCGUGGGUAAUAAGUGCGAUAUGGAGGAGGAACGCGUGGUCAGCACUGAGCGUGGCAUGCAACUCGCUGAACAGCUGGGCGUCGAGUUCUACGAGACUAGUGCCAAGGAGAACAUAUACGUUAAGGCUGUGUUCGAGCGGCUGGUGGAUAUCAUUUGCGAUAAAAUGUCAGAGAGCCUGGAUUCCGAACCGGCCAUGCUAGCGGGCGGGGCUCGUGGCCAGCGUCUCACAGAGCAGCCACAGGGCAAUUCCACCACCAACUGUAACUGUUAAUGACUAUACCGAGAAUGUUCGCACUUUAUGUUCCUUUACGUUCUAGAAAAUUCUUUUAACGGGGUCGUUUCUUUCAAAAGCAAAUAAGUUCGUUAUGCAAAUAUUCUUCGCAUAUUAAUUUUAAGUAAGAAUUCUACUAUACAAUUGGCGAACCCCGAGUAUACUUGACAAAGUAUCUCAACCAACUAUUUAUGAGUUUUUAUAAAUUGUAAUCUCUAGUUACUUGUUACAGUUUCAUGCAUAAAUUUUAAUUUAAGUAACAAAAUUAAAUAAUUGUUAAAACAUGUGUAACAAUAAAAAUAUGUAUUAGUAUUAUUAAAUCUAUAGGUGUUAGUUAGCUAUCUACGUAUUGCGAGCUGGAGUAGGGAUCUGAUACUUCUUUAGCUGUUAAAUUUUAUCUUUAAUGAAUUUGUGUCGUAAAUUCGUUACAAAUAUGAAUUUUAGUAGUAAAUGUGUUACAUUUUUUUAUUUAUGUUUCGUCAUUUAGAUAUUAUUUAUAGUAUUCGAGAUUUACAACGAGAUAUUUUAAUAAGGAUUAAUCUUCAUGAUAGUGAUGUCCGAAUAUUAUGCGCGAUUAUAAUUUCUAAACUAUACCAAUCCCGAAAUGUAAUGUUACCAUUUGGACCAAAGACAGAUUAAAAUAUUUAUUUACAAAAAGUUCAGAAGGCGCAAAUAUUGUAAUAAUGUUUAGUUAAAUUUAAAUUGUUAUGAGGUGUAAUAUGUUUGGUGGUUGCGUUUCGUACGUAGGUGCAUGUUUUCCGCCUUUACAUUGCUUCGUAUUAUCUGUGUGGAUGUAUCGCGACUACACUUAAUAGAGUUGUUACUUCAUUGUCGGUAGAUUAAUUGAUCAAUGUUCGUUGUUAUACUUUGGCGUAAUCUUGAAGUUAAUGUUAUCUUCGGUGUAUAACUUCAUGUAUGCUUCGAUACCCCUUGGCCUGAAUAUGAAAGUUCGACUAAUCAGGUAUAAUCUAUUACCUAAAGUGUUUGUAAAUACGUUUACCAAAAUGUAUAAAUAAAUAAUUGUAUAGUAUUAUAUCUACCUACAUAUAAAUCUGUUUGUAUUCUUGUUACCUCCUAUGCUAUGUUAAUAUAUAACUAUAGGUGUUUAUUUCAUCACUACGUUUAGGAAGUAAGUAAGUUCCAUACUGUUUUUGUUUCAAUGCAUCACUCGUGUCACGUACUUACGAGAAGCGAGUAUCUUUUUAAAGUAUUCAUAGUGUCCGCCAUGAGUGUAUCGGCACUAUAUCUAUAUCUGUAGACGACAUAGACAAUACAAUUUAUAUCAAAUUCUGUUGAGACAUGAGCACAUUAUUUUUUUAGAAUCUAAUUAUUAGGUAAAUUAGUUAAGAUAUAUCGUAUCGACGUCUGUUCGAUGAAAUAUAAACUUAUAUACGUACACAAUUUAUUACAAUAAUGAUGUAUCUAAAUCAGUGACUCGUACGUUCAUUGCUUCUUCGAAACAUUAAAAACUUUACAAAUAUCUAUUAUGAAAAAAAUACUUAUGACGCCAAAUUUAUGAAUACGACUAUUAUAAUAUCGGAAACUACAAUUGUAUUGUACUAUAAGUAACUACUUUGAUGAACAUAUUUUGAUGGAAUUUGUCUCUAGACUUCGUAAAAGCUGGCUUACCUUGCUCCUGCUGUGUUUCAUUAAUUGCAAUAACUAUACUUACUGCAAUUGUACUAAAAAAGCUUCCUUUACAAAUAACCUUGACAUUAUAUUUCGAAAAUAAUAUCAAAUUAUCGGUCUAUAUAUUCGUAAAAUGAUUAUAAAGUCAAUUUGACGAAAUCAAUUAAGAGCAUUCUGUGGACCCAAAGUCACUUGAUAUAAAAUUGUGUUAAAUACUAAAAGAGGAUGUUUAAUAGCUGUUUAGGACAUGGGGACCGCAUAGUCACGAUACAUUUUAAAUCAAUACUCGAAAAUGUAAUAUAUCGAGUAUAUAUUAUUGAAAUUGAAUAUCUGAAUUGCGGGAUAUAUACAAAAAAUCCUGUCAAUGCGCUCAAAAGCACGGAAUUUAAUAAAUAAUAUAUUAUGUAUGUAUAUGAGAAAGCGUGUCCCAUGUCUAGUGAGUAUAUUAUGUACUGGAAGGCGUAUGUAGAGGUAUAUGUAACUAGCAGUGUGUGUGAGCGCCUUAGGGCGUGGGAAGGCAUAUCGUAGUGACGGGCUUUAGUAGCAUAUGUUUAGCAUUUUGCGUAGUUCCUUACACUGUUUUGAUACUUAUUUUCUAAUACACAGAUGUUUAAAUAUCCGAUGUCUAAAUAUUCGCUAAACUGCAUUCGAUGUUUCAUUGUCAUUCCAAAUUGUUGGAUCACAAAACUGAAAUUGUAAUCGAUUAGCUGUAUUGGUAUAAUGUAUGUUAUAUUAUUGUUGUGUGUUAAUAAAGGAAUUAUUUAAAAAUACACCCAUGUAAAGAUU